CGUAGACCCCCGUCGUUUUCCGGUGUCCGGUAACCGGGGACUCGAGGAACGGUUCUCCGGCGAAUUUAACCCUUCGAGGACCACGAAGGAAACGAGUAUAAGUGGUUAGAAUAGCAAGGUUGGAGAAACUUUUAGAGCACAAAUUCGCCACGAGGAUGGGAGGGAUCCACGGAUAGCUCUUGAACGAAGAAGGGAAAGAAGGCAUGUCCUCGGGAGCUUCCAGCAGCCGUGAUCUCACGCGUGCUUCCCGGCUGGUUCUAAUUAAGGGCUCGCAGCGACGUUAACCGUGACGAUGCUCGGGAAUCCGAGGAAUUCGCGGACCAUCGUCGUCGCUUUGGUCUACCUGAGCCUCUUCUUGGAUAACGUGCUGCUCACUGUUGUUGUGCCGAUUAUUCCCGAUUACCUCUGCACCAUCGACGGGAAUUCGACGACAAACGCCGAGAAGGAUGAGAACGGUCGAGUGGGAUUAUUGUUGAGCUCGAAGGCGCUGGUACAAUUAAUACUGAACCCUGCCGUGGGCACGUUGACCGGCACCUUUGGAUAUACCAAGCCAUUGUUCCUUGGAAAUAUAAGUCUCCUGUUGGCUGCCAUGUUGUUCGCGUUUGGUCAAACCUAUGAGGUUUUAUUCCUCGCGCGCAGCGUUCAGGGUAUAUCGUCCGCGUGUAUCGGAGUUUCCGGGAUGUCCCUGGUCGCCUCGCAAUACCCGGAAGAGGACAAGAGGUCAAAGAUCAUGGGCUUCGUUCUCGGGAGCAUGGCGCUUGGUGUUCUAGUCGGAUAUCCGAUUGGCUCCGUGCUCUACGACCUCGAGGGAAAAAUGGCGCCUUUCUUAUUGGUCUCUUGCUUCAUCGUCGUCGCCAUAUGCUUGCAAAUUCUAGCAUUGGAUAUCGAGACUCCAACUCAGCAUAAGGAACAAGAAACUUCGUGGACUCAUUUGCUGUCGGAUCCACAUAUCCUUAUUAUAUUCGGUGCCAUUUGGUGUUCGACGUCGCCGAUCGCCAUUUUGGAGCCAUGCCUGCCGAUAUGGCUGCGGACCUACAUUAAGCCUAAGAAAUGGCAGCUGGGAACCGUGUUUAUUCCGGACAGCGUCGGCUAUCUAGUCGGCACCAAUUUCUUCGGCAUGAUAGCUUAUCGUUACGGACGCAGCAGACUGGCGGUGCUCGCCAUGUUGCUAGUCGGCGUGAGCGCCAUUUUGAUUCCAUCGGCCAGCACGAUGUCGCAGCUAAUAGUCCCGCAUUUGGGAAUGGGCUUGGGCAUCGGUGUGGCAGACGCGGCUCUGGUGCCUCUGUUGGCUAGUUUGGUGGACCGUAAUGGCGAUUACGGUCCUAUUUACUCGAUUCAACAAGUGGCCGUCAGUUUGGCUUAUUCCCUCGGGCCAAUCUUGGGCGGUGAAUUGGUGAAAGGAAUCGGUUUCCAAUGGGUAAUGGGCAUCAUUGGCUUAAUAAACAUCGCCUACUGUCCGCUGUUGAUAUAUCUCUCUCUGGAACGAGGGAAAUUAUUGAGGCAGGACGAAGAAAAGAAGGAUUACGAGACGUUCCAGAAAUCAGUGACGAAGUACGAGCGGUUCCAGGACUCUGAUGACGACCUUUAAUCCCUUCGCAUUCGUCGUCGUCCAAAUACAACAAUUUUUUAGUCACUUAACCAAUGACUGACUCCUCCAAGAUCCCCAAGAGUAAUUUCACCAAAAUAUUUUAAUUAGGAAAGAAACACCAGAAAUACAUCAGAAAACUUCCGUCGACAUCGAAAACAAAUAAAUAAAUAUUCAAUACUUUCCGCUACGAUAUUGAUUCUAUUAAAACAAAUUAACGGCAGGUGUAUUAUAAACUGACUUCCAUCAUAAAGUUCCUCAGAGUAUUACACAUUUCGAUCUAAGGAGAUUACAGAGACUGACUGUUAAAUACUUCCCCAACUUCCACAAUCACGUUGCAAGCAUAGAUUAAGGAUUUAA